UGAGGCGCCCCGCGGCGCCGAGCCGAGCCCAGCCCGCGCCCAUGGCGGCGGCGCCGCCGCCCGCCCUCAGCUGGGCGCUGCCCCUGCUGGCGGCGCUGGCGGGCGCCGGCGGCCCCCAGAGCUUCGAGCUGCCGGGGGCCCCCAUCGACAACAUCGAGGUGAGCGGCGGCGGCGUGCUGGUGGCGGGCGGUAGCUGCCUCUACGAGCUGCGGCCCGAGCUGCGGCCCCACCGACGCGUGGUGCCGGCGGCGGCGGGGCAGGGCUGCGGGGAGCCCCCCGGCGUGCGCAGCAACCUGCUGCUGCCCUACGAAGAAGCCGGAGGGAAGGGCGUCCUGCUGGCCGGCUGGACCCAGAAGGAAGGUACCUGCGAGGUGUGGGAGCAGCCGGCCUACCGGCAGCGCUUGAACCGCAGCGAGGUGGUCAGCUGCCUGCCCGACGGCUCCACUGCCGGCGUCGUCUUCCAGCUGGCUGGCGCCUGGUACCUGGCCGUGGCGGCCACCUACUCGGCCAGACCCUACCGGCUCCGGAUGGACUGCGAGCCCUCCGAGUCGGACGAGGCGACCGUCAUCACGGUGCGCAGCAUGGACAACCUGGAGUCCAAGGAGGAGCUGGGCAUCAUCAAGCGCAAGGAGGAGCCUUUGCACUUCGUCGACGCGCUCCGGUGGGGGGAUCACCUCUUCUUUCCCUACUACGGGUUGAAGGCCAAGUUUGGCAACGGCACGGAGCCGCCCAGCAUGGCCGUCCUGCACCAGCUGCGCCCCUCGGAGGGUGGCCUUACUUUGCAAGGGCACGUGUAUUUGGACUGCGGGUGCAGGAGCCUCAUCGUUUCCUCCAGCCUCGUCCGCCGGGGUGAGCAGGGCUGGUGGGUGGGCGUUUUCCACCACAGCCACAACAUCACGGCGUGGAACACCACCGCCGUCUGCAUCUUCGGGAUGGAGGAGAUGAAGGAGCAAGCCUGCGCGUCCACGCACUUCGUCAUGAACGGGAAGAGCUGCGAGGCACGAUCAAUCAAGAAAUUACCUACCUUGAUUCACUCUGGAUUAGUGGCUGUUUAUGGCACAGUUGUUUUGAAUCAGAUAGUUCUCUUUUUGGGAACAGAUGAUGGACAGUUACUGAAGGCUAUUCUUAAUGAGCAUAUGGAAUCUAAUUGCCCAGAGGUUUUAUAUGAAAUUAAGGAAGAAACCCCCAUUUUUCCCAAACUUCGACUUGAUCCAGUAGAUAAUAACUACAUCUAUCUGUCCUCCGCCAAUAAGGUGAGAAGAAUACCAGUUGCAAAUUGCGGUAGAUAUGUUUCCGAGCAAGAAUGCUUAUCUGCAAAGGAUCCCUACUGUGGGUGGUGUUCUUUGAAUGAAAGGUGCACAUUAAAAGAAAAUUGUACACGUUCAAACAGCAUAAAGGGUUGGUAUAACAUUUCACAUGCACCUGAUAAAGAUCUGAAAAUCCUGCUAAGUUUUCCUGCCAAAAAUCAGGUUGCUGUGGCUGCAAACACAAGCAAAAUCCUUACUUCCUGUAUGAUAAAAAUUGUAACAUCUGUUGAAAUACUUUAUGAAAAUGUAGUGCUGAAAAACUCAUCCUGUUUCUGCAAUCUAACCACUCCGGUGAUAACUGAUAAUGAUUGUCUAGUUCUUGAAGCAUCGCUGUCCUCAAGCUCUUGGAAUAUCACACAAACGUUUCAGAUGAAAAACUGCUCGCGAUGUAUACACAUGGGAGAGUGUGCCAGCUGUAGUUGGACGAGUGUCUCUCCUGCCACCACCUGCCAGGAUAGUUGUAAUGCAACUGCUUCCGAGGAGAUCGCCACUGCACAGAAGACAGAGCAUAUCAGCAUUCAUUCCAUUGAACCUCUGUGGAUUUCUACAUUAGGCAAAAGCGAAGUAACAGUCAAAGGAGAAAACUUUACACAUGCAUCAGGCAUAAAACUGAUACUGACUGGAAUCACUGGCUGUAAACCAGACAUCGUUAAAGUUAGAAAUGUGCUAAACGAUACACAAAUGACAUUUGCUCUCCCACCAACACGUAAAGAGGCCAAAAGUAUAUGUAUACAGGCUAAUGGGAAAAAAUGUUCACCACCAAUGACUCUACAUUAUGUUUCACUGCCAUCGUGUUUUGGAAUCACACCAAAUACCUCCUGGAUCAGUGGUGGUCGCAAAAUUACUACUAUUGGUAGAAAUUUUAAUGUGGUGGACAGUGUGAUUAUUUCAGACGACCAGAGAUCAAACCUCACUGUGUCUAGGUGUCCUGGAAAUAAAUCUGAAUAUCAUUACUUAACACCAAGCCUGAGCCAUGCAACAGAGGGUAAAGUUGUUGAUAUGAUGUUAAAAGUGGAAACUACCUUUAUACCAUGUGUCAAAUUACACUACCACCCUGACCCAGUGUUCAUUAACUACCAGCUGCACACUGAGCUGGAUCCUGAUCUGGAAUUAAAAAUAUAUAAAGAAAAUGACAACUUGAAUAUUUCUAAAACUGAGGUAGAGGUUUAUCUGUCUUAUAUGAAUGGUGCACAGACCAAAAAGAUAUGGUUCAGUGUCCAAAAUAUUACCAAAAAGCCAGACCGUAGCACCAUACUGUGCAAAUUCAAAAGGGAAGGAACAGACAAGAUUGACUUUUCCACGGUGAAAGUUUUUGUCAAAUUAGGAAAUUUUGAGCACGAAGUCAAACCAACAUCAUCACACAUAUAUUUAUAUGUUCUUAUUUUGCUGCCUAUUGUAGUGGGUGUCAUUAUAGCGGCAUUCAUAGUUACUAGAUACAAAUCCAAAGAAUUAACUCGUAAACAAAGUCAGCAACUUGAACUGCUGGAAUAUGAGAUUCGGAAGGAAAUACGUGAGGGAUUUGCUGAACUGCAGAUGGAUGAAUUAGAUGUGGUGGAUAGUUUUGGAACCGUUCCCUUCCUUGACUACAAACACUUUGCUCUUAGAACUUUCUUUCCAGAGUCAGGAGGCUUUGCAUCCAUCUUCAGUGAAGACAUGCCACAGAGCAGAGACCAAACGAGCAAGGAUGAAAGCUUCAACAUGUUGCAUGCUUUAAUUUGUAACAAGAACUUUCUUGUUACUCUCAUUCACACCCUUGAAAAGCAGAAAAAUUUCUCUGUGAAAGACAGGUGCUUGUUUGCGUCCUUCUUGACUAUUGCACUACAAACUAAGCUAGUUUAUUUAACCCAUAUUUUGGAAGUGUUGACAAAGGACUUGAUGGAGCAAUCAAGCAAUGUACAGCCUAAGCUCCUGCUCAGACGAACCGAAUCUGUGGUCGAAAAAUUGCUGACAAACUGGAUGUCAGUCUGCCUUUCUGGAUUUCUCCGGGAGACAAUUGGUGAACCUUUCUAUUCGCUGGUGACAACCCUCAAUCAGAGAAUAAACAAAGGACCUGUUGACGCGAUAACUUGCAAAGCCCUGUACACGCUUAAUGAAGACUGGCUGCUGUGGCAAGUGUCUGAAUUCAAAACAGUGACAGUGAACAUUAUCUUUGAAAAAAUCCCAGAAAAUGAGAGUGGAGAUGCCUGUCAAACUAUCCAAGUUAAUGUUCUGGACUGUGACACCAUAGGCCAAGCCAAGGAGAAGAGCCUUCAGGCUUUCCUUAAUAAGAACGGCUUUCUCUAUGGUCUGCAGAUGGAUGAAAUUGGUCUUGAACUUGUGUCUGAGGAGCAGCAAAGAGAAUUGUUAGAUAUUGAUGGUUCCUCAGAGGUGAUGGAGGAUGGGAUAAGGAAGCUAAAUACCAUCGGUCAUUACGAGAUUUCAAAUGGAGCAACCAUAAAAGUCUUUAAAAAGAAGGCAAAUACCCGAUCAGAUGUGGAGUACUCCGAUGAACACUGUCAUUUGAUUUUACCAGACUCCGAAGCAAACAAAGAUGUGAAAGGAACAGGUCACAAAGGAAAGCAAAAAUUCAAAGUGAAAGAAAUGUAUCUGACAAAGCUUCUGUCAACAAAGGUUGCAAUUCAUUCAGUUGUUGAAAAGCUCUUUAGGAGCAUUUGGAGUUUACCCAACAAUAAAGCACCCGUUGCCAUCAAGUACUUUUUUGACUUUCUGGAUGCCCAGGCUGAGAGCAAAAAAAUUACUGAUCCUGAUGUGGUCCAUAUAUGGAAAACCAACAGUCUUCCUCUUCGUUUCUGGGUGAACAUACUGAAGAAUCCGCAAUUUGUCUUUGAUAUUAAGAAGACUUCACAUAUAGAUGGCUGUUUGUCUGUAAUCGCACAAGCUUUCAUGGAUGCCUUUUCUCUAGCAGAACAGACACUGGGGAAGGAAGCACCAACAAAUAAACUUCUCUAUGCUAAAGACAUUCCGCUCUACAAGAAGGAGGUGAAAGCGUACUAUAAAGCCAUCAGGGAUCUGCCUCCACUGACCACUUCAGAGGUUGAAGAAUUUCUAACUCAGGAAUCUAAGAAACAUGAAAAUGAAUUUAAUGAGAAAGUGGCCUUGAUUGAAAUCUACAAAUACGUAGUGAAAUAUUAUGAUGAGAUUGUCAGCAAACUUGAGCGAGAACGGGGGUUUGAAGAAGUCCAGAAACAGCUCCAGCAAGUAAAAGCGCUAUUUGAUGAAAAGAAAAAAUGCAAAUGGCUUUGAGCAGAGCACUGACUCACAGCGUCACUGUGGGGGAUUUUAAAUAAGCGCUGCUGCUCCCCAAACUGUUUUGACUGACUAUAUGUACAGGGUUUGAAACAUUUGGACACUCUUCUCCACUCUGACCAUUCCAAGUAAUAUCUACAUUUGGGAAUGAAGUAUGGGCAGGGGUAGAUAUUCAAACGUGGGCAUGUGAAAGCGAAAGUGAGUCUAGCGUUGGCCGGGCCAGCAUUUUUAGGUACUUGAACACAUGUACCUUUUGGUUCAACAAUACUGCCUAAAAGUAAGCUUUCUGCUUACUUAAAAACAAGCCUGCAGGAGAUGUGCAAACCACAUUGCAAGGUCAGAGUUGCCCAUGUGAACUUGUAAGUUGCUUAGCUCUUUUUUUUUUUAAGAGAGAAAGCUGAUGUUUCGCCACAUCCUUUCAGCAGCCUUGGCAAACUGUGAGGAUGAGCUCCGGCUUCAGAAUACGGGUCAGCUGCAGUUUCCUUCCUUCCAGACAAAUGUACGCUGGUUCCUGUUCAAAAAAAAAAAAAAAAAUCCAGCACCAAAGUGACACUUAGGACAAGUGCGUUUAGCAGAAAAAGUGGGUCUGAGGUUUGAAGGCCAAAUGCCCCAUAGCAGGACUUACCUUCCUGAGGUUAGAAAUUCCACCUGCAAAGUGAAGCCAACCACUGAGUGGGGUGGAGCAGGGAGGCUUUUGGAGAAAGGAGCUAGGCUGGCAUCAGUCUGUGUUUACAUUUCUACCUUUCCAUCCUUAAAUAAGCUGUGAAACACUUGUGAGCGGCUUCACAUGUGAAACCUCCGUGCAGCUGCACUGCAUCGGAACACUGUUGUGAUUUGAUGAAGCAGCUGGCGACGGCCGCACUUUGGUGCCCAAACCUGGACUCCGGCGCACGAUCGGCCCCGAUGCAUCAGUGCUGACAGUCCUGGCCAGUCUUGCCGUGGGUGUACAGGGGCCUCACAGAUCUAAAGCCAGUGGUUUUGGGGGUUUUUUUUUUUCAGGUUGUCCACACAAAGGAUUAGUUUAAUAUGUAAGAACAGGAGGGCUGGUGUAUGUAACCUCUGGCUGUGUCUGAGAAACUGAUACAAGCGUGCUAGCUAGGGUUGGGGGUGGGGAGGGGGUAACUAACUGCCUUAGCGCUGCUGGGGUGUUUUUUGAGGCUUGGCGGUUUUAAAAGGCCGCUGUCCAUUACAUUUGCAUUGAUGGCUAAAGUUAGCCCAGCUGGAAAGCAGGUGCGUGGCCAUGCUGCUGAGACGAGGCUGGUGCAGUGGCUACCGUGCGCAGCCACGGAGGAGCAGCCGUGGCUCUGGCUCUGCUACGGCACCAGCGCGGUCCCGGUCCCGUCCCCCGCUACGGAGCUGAAACGUUUUGUUGCCGCGGGCUCCGCUUCGGUCACGCGGAGACACUUAACUAAGGCUGCCGCCUGCCCUUAGAGCUGAGGUAAGGUGUUGAUGAGACGGAGGUACGUUUCCACGCGUUCCCGGAGGGAUCCACCACGGGAGGUGAGUGGCGUAGCGCAGUGGCCCACAGGAGAGGGAAGAGCUGUCCCCUGCCUUGGCAGUGCCACGGGCUGUGAAGGGCACAGGUGGCCCAAGUUUGGUAUAGAAAGCCUGUGCUGGGGCUGUGCUGGCACCAGGCACGGUGCCCCGGCAUGCGCCCGGCCAGUGCCAGUGAAUGCUAACCACGCUUCAGUAGAAGCAAGGCUGCCUGUUAACGUGGAAAAAAAAAAAAAAGCAAAACCACAAACAUUGCCUACUGGUCUGCCCCCUCCCUACUAUGUGAUUGCACAAGUUGUACCUCUUGCAUAGCCAAGAGGGCAGCCACCAACCCAUACUGUGAUGGCUUUUUUUUUUUUUUUUUUUUUUUUUUAAAGUCUUACACUUGCUCUUAACUUUACACUUUAUACUUGAUGGAAUGUAUGGCUCUGUUCAGGAAACUGCACUACAAUGUUGCAGUACUUUCAGCAGUUCUCUGCCUGGCACAAUAGAUUUUGGUAAGUUUAAUUUUGAUUGGGAAAAAAUUCACCCCCAACCCUAACCUAUCUUGCCCUCUGUCCUUAGGAGUGGACUGUGGCUUAAGUAGCACUUAAGCUUAGAAUACCUGUACUUAAGGGCUUGAUUUUUAUCAUUCUUAACAUUUUAAAGCAACAUCAAAUAAAUUAAAAAAAAAAAAAAAGCACAGUAAUUUAAUUAAUAUUAAAGGAAGGGCAUGAGCAGAUUACUCUUUCCAGUUAGACAGACAUCUCAGCAGUUCCGUUCCACUUCAGGUGUUUGCUGGCAGUGCAUUUGAAUGAACUGUGAUAGUUUUGUUCAACAGUAACCUUCUGUACAGGCAGAAACCACCCCCUACCCCCGCAACGUUUCUGCUUGGAAAGCUGUAAAAUAUAAUCUGUUUGCGUGGGUCUGAUCCUGUGAACUUCACUGUAUGUGUUUAUAUGAUGAGGAAAUGAAAAUCGGUCCUAUUCUGUAUUUGUACUACUGCUUGUUUGCUACACUAGCUUUAAUGAUUUCUAGAGAUUAAGUAUGUGUUGAAGCAGGCCCUGUAGCCUUAGCCUACAGCCUGGAAUAGGAUUAUUGCCUUUUAUUCAAGCCUCCUAAACAGUGUCACUCUGUUAGUAAACCAUUUAAAGUCAUGCUGGGACUUUGUAACCCAUCGAGUGGAUCUCACAAAGUGAUGUGAAGUAUAAUUAAGUGAUUGUGGCUCUUUUGGUAGGUUUGGGUCAGCACACAAAACAUUGGCACACCUUCCGUAUCUGCAAUUCACUGUUACUGUUAACACGGACAAAAAGAACCACCUCUGACUAAAGCUGUAUGACGGCAACCCAACAAUUCUAACAGCAUUCUCCGAAAUGAAAGCAAACUUCUCUUUAACUUAUUUUCACAUGUUUACAGGCAAACUGCUAUGGCAAACAGUAUAUUUUCUAACACUAGCUUACAGAGCAUUAUUUUGCAGUCAUCUAGUUUAAAGUCAAAUCUUACUAACAUGUAAAGUAAUUCCUGUUGUACAGAAGUUAACCUGUUGUUUAAAAUGAAUGGUUAAAAAAAAAGUGCAAAUGACAAAUACAUGUUGGUGUUUGUAAGGGUUUAUCUAGAAUAAAAUGCAUUUGGAGGUUA